AUGGCUCAGACGAGACCCCAUGACCCACAGGGCCCUCUGAGAAAUGUAUCUUUGAGGGUAUCCCAGGUACUCUCAGCAUGUAGCUUCUGUAAAACCAGAAAGAUCAAGUGUGAUGGUGCCACUCCAGCUUGCGGCCGCUGUGUUCAAUCUGGUCGCCAACAGACUUGCUCUCUACAGAACGACACGUCCAGUCGUGCAAGAGAUUAUCAUACCUUCCUCCUACAAAGGAUAGCCAAUGCUAAGAGGCGGCUUGCUGAAGCCCAAGCUGGAAAAAAUGUUCAAACCCCAUCAUCACAUGUUCAACAUCAACAGCCAAAAGCACAGGAAAGCUCAAUGAUAGACUCUCUGGUCAAUGAUAUAGAAGCUCUCCCGAUUAUUCCAUGCUCAUAUGCAUCGGAUACAGGAGGACCGACACUCUCAACGCUUGUCUUAGCUACCGCGGGCACGGAUCAGAUAUCCAUCCAUGAAACCCAUCAGAAUGAAAUGACACCUUGCCUGCCUAAAGAAUCCACAGCUUUGAGCCUUGCGAAACAUUACCUCGACAACGUAUAUCCACGUCUUCCCUUCUUCUCCAUCCAAGGAUUCUGGGUACAAUUUCAGCACGUCUUCUCCGGCGCAUCGGCUUCUGUACAAGACAGACACCCGCAACGUCCACCAGAUCCAAUCAGCAUUCUAUCACCGAGUGCAGAAGACUUUGAUCGUUCGUCCCUCAGCCACGGUUAUAGCUAUUUCACUGUCUUGCUAGUACUCGCAAUAUCAGCUUCCAGCCUCUCACGGAGUGCAGACAGUGUCAUAUCAGCACAAGCAGAAAGACUCUUCCGAAAUGCCUUGGCGUUCCGAGAGUCUGCCAUCAUACCAAGUAACAUCAUCGGGGUGCAGUCUAUUUUGUUUCUCAUACAAUUUGCGACUUUGAAUCCAUCACUGCUCGACGCAUGGUAUCUAAUAGGCGUUGGGAUGCGCAUGUGCGUUGACCUUGGUCUCCACCAAGAUCCGCAACCUCCAGAUUCAGUCGAAGUGAGCUUGUUGGAAACGCGGCGACGUCUGUGGUGGAGUGUUUAUGCGUUUGACCGGUCGAUGAGUCUGGGGUGUGGACGACCUACAGAGAUAUCUGACUCGGCCAUCAGUGUGUCCCUGCCAACGUUCAGGAUCGAGAUCCCAGCUACGCCUGUUCAGAUUCACGGGUACUUACAGCGUUAUCGUGCCCUGCAGAUCCAGUCUGAGAUUUACAACCGCCUUAAUGACUCCAAAGAUGCAAAUACGGGUGUUGCACGAGAGACGAUCACGCAGCUCUCUCAGAAGUUGUCAGCGUGGAAGGAAGCAAGCUCUCAGCUACCAACAAGGACCCUUCUGGAGAGCGAAUGGCUGAUGGGCCGCAUGCUUCUUCUGAGACCAUGUAGGUUACUUCCCGAAAGAACAAUUGACGAGCUCAAUGAGCUAUGGCAUUCCGCAAUCGGAUUCAUCGGCCUCUAUCGUGGUUUGGUGGAAGCGAAUUCCAUCUUCUACGUUCAGGUCGCAUGCGAAAAGGUGUACUGGACGGGUAUCAUAGCCCUCUACAGUUUCUGGAGUCUUCGAGCAGGACCUGGUAACUUGCGCACGUUAAGCAUCUGGGUCCUGGUCAGAGAUACCAUGUUUAUCCUUCGGAGCUUGAGUGAGCGAUGGGAGCAGGGGAAGCUACUCUGUUCAAGGUUUGACUCCCUGAUGACGAAUGUUCUAGAGAUUGUGGGUACAAAUCACGAUGUUGAUGUAACAUUGGAUAUACCUACAAUGUUGCAAAGCUUGGAUCGGUACACUAGUCUUACAACAAUCUGGGCUUCUAGUGAACGGGAACAAGACCCAGUAAAUGGUGCGUGUCAUGAAGCAAACAAGCUGCGAAACUUAAUAGUGGAUAUGAUGUAG